GGUGCCCGCCCACUGCCCCAGUCCCAGUCCAUCAUGUCGAUCGUCCUGUGGUUGCUGCUCAGCUCCGCCCUCCCGGUGCUGCGCUCCCAGAUGUCCAUCAGCUGUCCCACAGACAAACAAUGCCAAAAGGCACUGCUCUCAGACAAUGACAUCCUCUUGCGCUGCAACAUCUCUGGGGCUCAGUGGUUUUACGUCUUCCUGCAAGAUGGUGCCGGCUGGUCCAGCAACCUCACCAGGGUCCCCAACCUAGGACUGACACCCGAGGGCCUCCUCAUCAGAAGUCCACUGCCCUCCCAGACCGGCUUCUACCAGUGCAGGAACAAAGGCAACAGCAGUGUGGUGUACGGGAUUGACUUCCAGGAUGCCAACACCCUGCAUAUCACGCACAAAGGCCUGGGCCAGAAGCCCUUGCAGAAUGAGAGUCUGAGCUUGGGCAGUAAGGCGUUCAUCUUCACCCUCUGGGAACCCUGGCAGGACUGUAACCACUGCGAGAAGCCGGGGGAGCGGAAACGGCUGGGCUACUGCUACGUGCAGGAUCCCCUGGACGUGAAGCCGGUGCCCUGCUGGCUGUACAUGGGACACUUGAAGCUGUGGUCCAGCCGCAUGCGGCCCGAGAUGCAGGUGGAGGCCUGCCGCAUCCAGUGCAAGAGUCUGCACGUGGAGUACGUCGUCUUUGACAACUUUGAGCUCAAUGAGGAGUCAGAAUCUGUGUGGCUCACCUGCCCUUUGGGGUCCAUCUACAGGCCCGUCAUCUGGGAAGCCAACAGCGUCCCCCUGACAUGGCAGGGCCAGCUUUCGGGCCAGACCAGCAGCACGGUCCUGGAUCCCUCCAAUGGCGGCCGGCGGCUACAGAUCUUCCAGCCAGCCAUUUACAAGUGCUUCGUGCAGCAGGAGCUGGUGGCACGUUUCAACCCCAAGCCUGACCCCGAGAUCCUGGUCAUACAGAAAGAGGAGGCUGAGUCCCAGGAGGACACGCACAAGGGGAAGGCCGACUCAGUCCUCAGGGGGCUGAAGCUCAUGCUGCUGGUGGGCACGGCCCUUGGCCUGUUCCUUGUGCUCUUCAAGUUCCUCCACCCUUCCCAGGACAAGAGGAGCAAGCAGGUGCUGCUGGUGCAAUAAAGCAAGGCUUCAUGCCGAG